AUGGUACCAUCAAGUCAUCGUGUAUAUCAAUGAAAUAAUAGAUGAGAUUAAUUUCCAUAUAGGGUGUGUUGUUUUUGUGAUUGCCAAAAUUGUAGACUAUAAUCACCUUCUGCGUCUUAUCGGGGCACGUUAUCAAGAAAAAAAGUGAACUGCAAAAAGCUUAUCAUGAAAAAAAAUCGUUCUUGAUGAUUGUUCCAUUUUUUGCAUUUAUCAGCAUCCACCGAACGCAAAAAUCCAUCAGUACCAAGAUGACACCGCUUUCGAUCGGAGUGGCGCUACUCUUCGUAGCCGCAGUAGCUUUCCUUAAUUACAUUUUUAACUACUGGAAGCGCCGAGGCGUUCAACAGUUCACACCGUACUUCCCAUUCGGAAACUUUUCGGACCUGUUUCUGGGUAAAACAUCUUUCCCGUCUCUUUGCGAGCAACUCUACAGGCGCAGCAAACAAUGGCCUAUGCUCGGAGCAUACAUCCUAAUGCGGCCGGUUCUUCUGGUUAACGAUCCGCAAAUGGCCAAGGACAUCAUGGUGCGAGAUUUCCAGAACUUCCACGACCGUGGACCAAUGGUGGAUGAAGAUAACGACCCCCUGAGCGGACAUCUCUUCUCGUUGGCUGGUGAAAAGUGGAAACACCUUCGUGCCAAGCUGACUCCGACUUUCACCAGCGGGCGACUGAAGGGCAUGUUCCAGACCCUGGUGGAUACGGGGGUAGUGCUGCAGAACUAUAUGCAAACGUGUGCCCAGCGUAACGAAGUUGUGGAAAUCCGAGAAAUAUUGGCCCGCUACAACACGGACAACAUUGCGUCGGUCGCAUUUGGCAUCCAAAUCGAUUCGAUUAAUAACCCCAACGAGCCCUUCCGCGACCUCGGACGUAAGUUUUUUGAGUCUAACUUCCGCAACAACAUGCGCCUGGUCUUUACAUUCAUGGUGCCGAAGCUAAGCAAGUAUUUGAAAAUAAAGACCGUCGAUACCGAACUGGAGCAAUUCAUCAUCAGUAUGGUCCGUGAAACGCUGGAAUACCGCGAAAAGAAUGGCGUCGUACGAAAGGACAUGAUGCAACUGCUACUACAGCUGCGCAACACCGGAACCGUCUCCGUCGACGAACGCUGGGAUGUGGAAACAAUUGCCAAGCACAAGAACCUUUCGUUCGAGGAAGCCGCUGCCCAAGCGCACGUUUUCUUCCUGGCCGGAUUCGAGACGUCAUCGUCGACCAUGUCAUUCUGCCUCUACGAACUGGCUAAAAACCCUGAAGUUCAACGCAGAGUCCAAGAAGAAAUUGACACCGUCACCGCCCUGCACGAUGGAAAACUGACCUACGACAGCAUCAACGAAAUGCGCUAUCUGGAGUGCUGCAUCGACGAAACCCUCCGCAAGUAUCCACCGGUUCCGGUUCUGAACCGUGAGUGCACCCAAGAGUACAAGGUCCCCGGCACGGAUAUCGUAAUCGAAAAGGGUACGGCCGUCAUACUUCAGAUUACGGCGAUGCAGCAUGAUCCUGAGUACUACCCGGAUCCGAUGCGCUUCGAUCCAGAACGGUUCCUUGAUCCAAAGAUCAAGGGUAAACCGUAUGCUCCGUUCGGCGACGGACCGAGGAUUUGUAUCGGAAUGCGAAUGGGUAAAAUACAGACCAAGGUGGGGCUAUCGCUGCUGUUGAACAAGUUCAAUUUCCAGCUUUUCGGCCACGACGAACCGGAACUGGUAAUGAGUCCGAACAACUUCUUACACACGCCCAUCAAUGGAAUCAACCUGAAAGUCAGCUGCCGCGAGUAGAACGGAAAACAAGGAAAACCGAUUGGAUAAAACUUUAUUAAACAAAUGUGGAAUUAUCUUUUAUAGAAAAAAAAAAUACCAUUUUUGGAAAACCUAGUUGAGGAAUGUUGUCUUGGACCAUUCGUAUACUAGACCAAAGGGUGUCGCUAACGGGUGAUGGAGAAAAAAAAACAGUAAUUCCGCAUGGGUGGAAACUCUCACCUUUGUUAUCUACGAACUGUUAGCGUGAUUGCGUAAGUGAAGCAAUCAAUCGUCUUUACAAGUCUUCAAAACAACAAACAAUAAACAAUGUUAUAAUUCCCUAAAUCGAUUGAAAUAAAACUACUUGAUGCAAUUCUAA